AUGGAGUCGGCCACGCCUCAGUGGAGUUGGCCGUCUGACCUCCCCAGAGAGCGAGGCCACGCGAAAGCCGACGCAGCCGAAGCGUCGCAAUCUAGCAGCUUUGAGGGCCAGAACGAGAAGAAGACCACGGAGGAACAGCCACAGCCACAGCCCGAGCCUCAGCCCAAGCAAAGAUACUAUGGCCCGCGAGUAUGUCGCAUCUGCUUCGACGUUGUUCAUCCUACCUUUGAAGAACCUGGGGUUAUGAGCGGAUUCAUGAACGCACCACCGCGGCCGACCUACAAGUCUGACGACCCUGAGUGUGGACGACUCAUCUCACCAUGCAAGUGCAAGGGGUCUCAACGUUACGUUCACGAGGGUUGCUUGCAGGCUUGGAGAUACGCUGAUUCGACUGCCAAUCGGAACUUCUUCUCAUGCCCGACCUGUGGCUAUCAGUACAAACUUGAGCGGCUUUCGUGGGCAAACCGUCUAUCGAGCGCUUAUGCGCAGAUUCUACUGACCAUCCUCAUUUUCAUCUUCUCGGUCUUCCUCCUCGGAUUCAUCGCCGACCCCAUUUUGAACCUGUGGAGUGAUCCGAUGGGCACAAUCGCUGACACGGUCGCGAAUGUGUUGGACGACAUUGAAGCGCUUCACGAGCCGGAAUCGGAAGAGCCUGGAACAUGGCUCGAACACUUCCUCAAGGGGUUCUUCUCCCUCGGUCUCCUCGGCUUCUUAAAGUCUCUCCUUGCUAUGACGCCGUGGCAGUGGUGGAAUAUUCGAUCUAGCGGUCUUCUUGGCUCGACCGGACGCCGUGGGGGAACAGGCCGCGCGCGAGUUGAGAACAUCAACAUCGGGCUCGUCAUUAUUGGUGCCGUCACCUUCAUGUGGGGUGUGUGGAAAGCCGUGAGGGCAUUCAGUGCUUCCGCGCUUCAAAAGGCGAGCGACCGGGUUUUUGACGUGGGUGGUGACGACGACGAUGACGACGAAGAAACGAAGAAGGACUAA